ACGAGGUCAGAAUGUGAUGAGUGCAUCAAGAACUUUGAGUAUGUGAAAGAACAUUUAACCACGAUCCGUGGGACGAGAAAUGAAGUAUAAAGCGAGGGGUUCUUCCUGCUUCAAGUCCCUUUCAUCUCAACUACAAUUUGCAUGAACACAAGAAUCUGACAAUACAUCACUAUGACAUCAAGAAUUGCUUUGGUCUCUCUUUUCGCGGCCGUUUAUGGUCAACAAGUCGGUACCUAUCAAACGGAAACUCAUCCUUCUCUUACUUGGCAAUCUUGCACUGCUAAAGGAUCUUGCACCACAAACACUGGAAGCAUUGUCCUUGAUGGAAACUGGCGAUGGACUCACGGAGUAGGCACCUCGACAAAUUGUUACACAGGAAACACUUGGGACGCAAAAUUGUGCCCAGAUGAUGCCACCUGUGCAAAGAACUGUGCUCUUGAAGGCGCAGACUAUUCUGGAACCUAUGGUAUCACAACCAGUGGAAGUUCUUUGAGACUCAACUUUGUUACUCAAUCAUCAUCAAAGAACGUUGGGUCUCGAGUCUACCUAUUGGCCGACAAUACCCACUAUAAGACAUUCAAUCUGUUGAAUCAGGAGUUCACAUUCGAUGUUGAUGUCUCCAAUUUACCUUGCGGAUUGAACGGUGCUGUUUACUUCGCUAAUCUUCCGGCUGAUGGAGGUGUUUCCUCAACCAAUACGGCUGGUGCCCAGUAUGGCACCGGAUACUGUGAUUCACAAUGUCCACGUGAUAUGAAGUUUAUCAAUGGCCAGGCCAACGUUGAUGGUUGGGUACCCGCAAGCAACAAUCCUAACACUGGUGUUGGUAAUCACGGCUCAUGCUGUGCUGAAAUGGAUAUCUGGGAAGCAAACUCGAUUUCCACUGCUGUCACUCCUCAUUCUUGUGAUACUGUGACACCAACGGUCUGUACUGGCGAUGCUUGCGGUGGCACCUACUCAUCAUCUAGAUAUGCUGGUACUUGCGAUCCAGAUGGAUGUGAUUUCAACUCUUAUCGCAUGGGUAAUAAAUCCUUCUAUGGUCCAGGUAUGACUGUCGACACCAAGUCUGUCUUUACUGUCGUCACCCAGUUCCUCACUACCGACGGCACAGCAUCUGGUACUCUCAAUGAGAUUAAACGUUUCUACGUCCAGAAGGGCAAAGUUAUCCCCAACUCCUACUCCACCAUCUCAGGCGUAAGCGGUAAUUCCAUCACAACUCCUUUCUGCGAUGCUCAAAAAACCGCUUUUGGUGAUCCCACCUCCUUUUCCAACCAUGGUGGUCUUGCUUCCAUGUCUGCUGCUUUCAAAGAGGGUAUGGUUCUCGUGUUGUCUCUUUGGGAUGAUUAUUAUUCCAAUAUGCUUUGGCUCGAUUCUACUUACCCUGUUACGCAUACAUCGGCCGGUGGUCCAAGAGGUACUUGUGAUACGACAUCGGGAGUUCCAGCGUCGGUUGAAGCAAAUUCUCCCAAUGCUUAUGUAGUCUACAGUAACAUCAAGGUCGGAGCUAUUAACUCUACUUACGGUUAAGAGUAUGUGGAUCAGGCACUAGGAGUCGAAUCGUAGGAGUCGGGUGAUGGUGGAUGAUGAUGACGAUGAUGAUAUAGGAAAAAUUUGAAGCGCUCGUUCAUUUGAAUUAGGUGGCGAGGAAAAUUGGAAGCGCUCCUUUAUUGAUCUUAUGUGGUUGAGAUGAAAGUUAGCAUUGGAGAAAAUCGCUUGUUUGGGUAUUGUGUACAUGGAAGUCAACUUUGUACAUAUGAUCUGAACGAG